UUUAUACGACAAUCGUAGCAAAAGUAGAGAAGAAAGAAGAAAAAACUUUAAAUAAAAUUUGAUUAUUUUAGCUACAAAAGAAGUAUAAAAUACAUUUUUGAUACAAAAAAAAUUAAAGAAAAUACUAGCUAAAGAAAUUUAUAUUGAGAUAAAACAAACAAAAACGCGAACAAAAUAAUAAUGGCCAAGACGUACGAUUAUUUAUUUAAAUUAUUGCUAAUUGGUGAUUCUGGUGUAGGAAAAACUUGCAUAUUAUUUCGUUUUUCGGAGGAUGCCUUCAAUACAACAUUUAUAUCGACAAUAGGCAUAGACUUUAAAAUAAGAACGAUCGAAUUAGAUGGCAAAAAAAUUAAGCUACAAAUAUGGGAUACUGCUGGCCAGGAGCGUUUCAGAACUAUUACCACCGCAUACUAUAGAGGCGCCAUGGGUAUUAUGUUGGUCUAUGAUAUAACUCAAGAAAAAUCAUUUGAGAAUAUUAAAAAUUGGAUACGCAAUAUUGAGGAGAAUGCAUCGGCCGAUGUUGAGAAAAUGUUAUUGGGCAACAAAUGUGAACUAAAUGAAAAAAGACAGGUUUCCCGAGAACGUGGUGAACAAUUGGCUGUCGAAUAUGGCAUUAAAUUUAUGGAAACCUCCGCUAAGGCCAGCAUUAAUGUUGAAGAGGCUUUCCUUACCCUAGCUAGUGAUAUAAAAGCAAAAAUGGAAAAGCGAAUGGAGGCAAAUAAUCCACCCAAAGGUGGUCAUCAAUUGAAAUCGAAUGAUCAUAGAAAAGCAGAAAGUUGGUUGUCAAGGUGCAGUCUGCUUUGACGAGGUAAAUACAACGAUGAAUGUAGUUUUCUAACAUCUUGUUAAGCUUAACAAGAACUUAAACUUUUUUUAUUGUAAUAAUAAUAUUAAAAAAAAAAUAAUUAUAAUAAUGAUAAAAUAUAAAAUUUAUAAAAAAAAACUAUAACAAAAAAAAAAAAGCGGAAAAGAAAUUAAUCAUAAUUAAUUAAAUAUAGAUGUUUAAAUAAAAAAACAAAAUUAUCGCAAUUUACCACAAAAGGAUAAAACCAGAAAAAAACGUAAGCAAACAAAUAAAAAAAGCACGAAUUAAAACGACUAUUUAAAAAACUUAAAAUAAAAAUAUGCAGUUAAUAUAAAAUUUACUGUCUAAGAUCAAUAAGGAAAACAAAAAAACAAACAAAUAAAAUAUAAACCGCAUGAUUUGAAUUAAGAUUAACACAAAAACCAAUUGCAAUUAAAUACAAAAUACAAAAAUUAUAUUUAGACGAAAUAAAUAAAAAAAAAAAAAUAAAUUAUGAAAACAACAAUUGUAUACAAGGAAAGCAACAUUAUAAGAAGGCGUCUUAAUAUCUACAUAUUUUAAAUAUCAAGUACUAACAAGGAAUUGCACUUCAUUGCUAAAUAAAUCUAAGAAAGCUUUUGUUUUGUCUCCAGCUUUUAAUAAUAUUCUAAUAUUUUGUGUGAUUUAUGUUUUAAACUUUUGCAAUGUUAAAUCAAAAUGGUGUUGAAAAUGUUUAUAUUUUUAUUCAUUUGCAGUUUAAGUUCAGUUCUAGUUCAGUUCAAGUUCAGUUCUAGUUCAGUUCUAGUUCAGUUCUAGUUCAGUUCUAGUUCAGUUCUAGUUCAGUUCUAGUUCAGUCCUAGUUCAGUUCUAAUUCAGUUCUAGUUCAGUUCUAGUUCAGUUCUAGUUCAGUUCUAGUUCUAGUUCAGUUCUAGUUCAGUUCUAGUUCAGUUCUAGUUCAGUUCUAGUUCAGUUCUAGUUAAGUUCUAGUUCAGUUCUAGUUCAGUUCUAGUUCAGUUCUAAUUCAGUUCUAAUUCAGUUCUAGUUCAGUUCUACUUCUAGUUCUGAUAAUGGCAUAAAGUAAUGCUAGAAAUAUGUUGCUGUUCAAUGUUUUAGACAAUUUAAAAGAACCAUUUCUAUAAAUUAAGUUUUUAAACAAAAACGUCCAUCAUGAUCAAGAACACUGUGACUUGUGUAAAUAUAAGAGAUCUCAAAAUUGCUUUAAAUAAACAUAACAAAUAAAAUUGCUUAGUGUGUAUACCUUGUUAGUACACAUUUUUUUGUAAGCAUUUUAAAAAGUUCGUUGAAAUGUGUUUUUUUUGUGUUUGUGGAAAAGUAAAUUGUUUAUCUAGGUUUUGUUAAAUUUUUUUACACUAAACAUAUGUGCGUGCGUCUUUUUAUAUUAAAAAAAAAUUAAACCACUAUUAGUUUAUUUUUUAUAGCGAUAAAAAUUUUAAUAAUAGAAUUCACAAAAAAGAAAAAAUUUCAAAAUUUGCCAUUUUAUUUAAAAAAGCUUUCUUUGUUAAACUAAAUUAAAUAAUUGUUUACGCACAAGAUUUUCAUAACUGAGUUAAAAUUGAAAUUGUUUAUCCUUUAAAUUUAAAGCAUCUCAAUAUCCCUUCAUCCCUCUUUCUCUCUUUUUCUCUUGUUUUUAUUUAAUAUAAGCACUUGAUUUUAUUUUGAACUUGUGUUCUUUAUGUCUCUCUCUCUCUAUUUUUUUAGUAUUAUUUAAUUUAUAUUUAAAUCACAUUCUAAUUCUAAUCGGGGUUGUGUAGUUACAUAUUUAUCACAUUGUAUAUUAUAAUUUGUUUUCUUAAAUUUCCUUUUUUAAGGUGCUUAAUUAUUUUUAUUUCCCUUUUUUUCUUACCUUAAUUUGUUGUAUAUUUUGUUUCUUUUUUUGGAAAUAUUUAAAAUCUCAUCAUAAAAAACAAAAUAACAAUAAUACAUAAAUACAAGUACUAAUGAAAUAAAUAUCAUUAUAAAUAUUUAAUUUAAUCCGAAAUAUUCACACUUGAAUAAAGAACAUAAAACAACCACAUCAUUCAAUUGUGUGUGAGUGAAUGUCUGAAGUUAUAAGAAAGAAACUUGCAACAAAAAAAAAUUAAAACAAAAUUAAUGAAAUACCGUAAAUAAAACAUCUACAAUUUGAUAUUAAUUAUUUAGUAUUUAUAAUUGUAAUAAUUAUACUUAUACAAUUUUAUAAAAAUAUCCAAAAACAAAAAAAUAAAA